UUAAUUAAUAAAUUUGAAAUUUAAAAAACAGAAAAAUAAUUGGGUGUUUCCGAUAGUAGUUGUAGCGGUCAAGCCGAGCCGAUCCGAUGACGCGAGCCACUCACACACUGGGGGUUCCCCCAACAACACGCGCCCCUCCCCGGCGACCGUACCGUAUUAUCCCCCACCCUUCCCACUCUUUCGCCUUGCCGUUUCGCUUUCUCUCUCUUCUUUCUCUUUCCGCAUUCCCUCUCUCUUUCUCUCUCUUCUUCCCCGAACCCUAAUUUCUGUUUUCCGAUGCCCGACUUCAACGACUCCAUCGCGCCGCCGUCGCGCCCCGUCCCUGUUCGCGAGGACUGCUGGUCCGAGGAGGCCUCUUCCACGCUUGUUGACGCCUGGGGCCGACGCUACCUCGAGCUCAACCGCGGCAACCUCCGCCAGAAGGAUUGGCAGGAUGUCGCCGAUGCUGUCAACGCGCUCCACGGACACACCAAGAAGACGCACCGCACAGACGUCCAGUGCAAGAACCGCAUCGAUACCAUAAAGAAGAAGUACAAGAUCGAGAAGGCUAGGGUUUCGUCCUCCAAUGGUACUCUCUCUUCCUCCUGGCCUUUCUACGAACGAUUGGAUGCUCUUAUUGGCCCUAAUUUCAACGCCAAGAAACCUCCUUCCUCCUCGCCGUCUCCUUCGCCGCCUGUGGCUCUUCCGCUGCUUCCGCAUCGGAAGAACCCUUCCUCCUCACCUGCGAUUGCGGUGACACCGACGGCCGUCGCGCUGCCUCAGAAGCGUUCCGCCGCUGCGGCGGCGAUGGACGAGGGUUAUUUCAGAAGAAAUUACUCCGCUGUUGCCGCGGCUGCGGCGGCUGCGGAGGCUGACGAAGACGAGGAGGAAGAGGAAGAGGAGGAGGCGGACGAUGUGGAGGAGGAGGAGGACGAAGAUGAAGGGAGGGGGAGCGAGGUGGAGGAAGGGGAGAAGGAGAGUGAAGGGAUGAGGAGAUUGGCGAAGGCGAUAGAGAGGUUUGGUGAAGUGUAUGAGAGAGUGGAGGGUCAGAAGCUGAGGCAGAUGGUGGAUUUGGAGAAACAGAGGAUGCAGUUUGCUAAAGAUCUUGAAGUCCAGAGGAUGCAGAUGUUUAUGGACACACAGGUUCAGCUCGAGAGAAUUAAGCGGGGUAAACGAUCUGGCUCUAACGGUACGACACAUUAUGUGCUUGAAGAAAGGAGGAGAACGGUGAGUUAUUGGUUUGGAAGUCGUAAUAUUCAUAAAAAUCAAGACAGUGAGGAAAAUGAUAUGUAUAGCUAGCCUGGUGAAGUGGGCGAUGGUUGGAUAAUGGUGCUUGAAAAACUGUCUUGGUUUGGGUCUAGUCGUGGGAAAAGUACAUAUCUUCAGCUGAUAUACUGUCAUGAGGGAAAUAUCUCCUAUAGAAAUUUAUCCUGGAGUAAUUUUGGAUUCUUUUAGCUAGCCUUUUAUUUGUUGUUAUUAGUCCUUCCUUAUAAAUUAAAUCAGCGACUGUGCUAGGCCUAAUUUGGCUCCGAUAUAGAAUUUGCUCCAAUGUAUAACACUCUUAUGCCAAAUGCCCUCCCUUUUCCCUUUUCA